AAACUGAGGCAGCAGACUUUGUGAAAAUUAAUAUUUGUGUCAUUCUCAAAACUUUUGGCCACGACUGUAUGAUUGAAACAGAGUGCAAGGCUGAGAUGGGGCUUGAAACCAUAACUCGCAUACAAACAAGACAAUUAACACCAUCUACUGGCCACUAAGUGAUACUGCACACACCGUAUGUUGAUUGGCAAUCCACCCCUUUUCCAGCCUUAAAGUAAAUAUAAGUAAAUUCAAAAGCUUUAUCUUUAUGUAUUCAUAUGAUAUAUGUGUGCUCGCCCCUGUCCCUGCAUAUGGUAAGUGUCCUUCCCCAGAGUCCUUUUCCUCCCCUCCGUGUGGAGACGGUUGUAAUGAGAGUCAUGCGGGCUGUCUGUCUGUGGCAGGAAAAGGCCUAAUUUAUUCCUUCAGUCCAGCUCUAUGGGUUGGGAAAGGGCUGUGUCUGUCUUGGGAGCCCAGCCCCUCAGGUUUCUUAGUGGCCAAGGGAGGAGGGUAAUGUCCACUGCACAACCCCAGGACACUGCUACUGUGCAGGGGGGGAAAUGAACACCACUCCUAUGGACAUCCAGAUGUUGUGGAGCUAACUGUCCAUCAACUCAUCGAUGUUUGUGUCCCUUCUUAUGCAGUGGUAAGGUAUUGGUGUUGAGUUGUGACAGGGCCUAACUCUGAAAGUAAGAGGGGUCUGGGGCGUACCUUGGAGAGCUCCAUCCAUGAGCUCUGAACACCAUGACCUUUCAGAAGUCUUCGUCGACCUCUAGCAUAUUCCACAUGCUCAUAUUAUGGUUUGUCAUUGUCCUGUUCUGCACUGAUGGUUUGAGAGCUGAGAUGGGGACGACACCUAACCUGAAACACAUUGUGAUUGGUCGAUGUUACAGCUACAUAACACUAGUUUGCCCUAAUUCCAGCUAUGACUGUGAGGAGAUCUGGAGGGAGUUUGAGGAGGCUGUAAUGAGGAAGUCUCGCUGUAAUGUGAAGAUUAAGGACUACAAAAGGAUGUUCCAUGCCACACCACAGACUCUGACAUGUGGUAAGUUGCUGUUCUGGAGUAAGACCAGGGAGCUGAUGCACAGCUAUGCAGCUGUAACACGUCGUUUCUGGACCCUGGAGGACACGCUGGUGGGAUACAUGUUCAAUGACCUCAUCUGGUGCGGACAGGAAGAGAAAGACAGAGGCUUUGAUUUCAACUCUUGCCCAGACUGGUCAACGUGUGUAAACCAUCCUGUCUAUUCCUUGUGGAGACAAGCCUCACAAAACUUUGCUGCAGCGGCAUGUGGCAACAUCACAGUGCUGCUCAAUGGAUCCAUAGAGAAUGCUUUCAACAGGAAAAGCAUGUUUGGGGGUGUGGAGCUGGACAGCCUGAACCCCAGAAUGGUGGAUCAUGUCAACAUCAAGGUGGUGGCCAACCUGGAGGGACCCUUCAUAGAAUCCUGCACUCAGGGUUCCAUUGUGGAUUUGAUCAAUGUCCUACAGACCAGAGGGUUCCGCUGGACCUGCACAGACAGUGACCUAACUCUGAUGAUCCUCCAGUGCAUCCAGAACCCUCAACAGUUCUCCUGCCUGCCCUGUGCUAACAGUCUACUGCACAGACAGAGGCUACAUCUAUAGAUAGGUUACAUCCACCCUAAAAAUAUUACCCCCAUAGUAGGCUAUGUGUCACUUUUCAAUGCAUUAUACUCUAUCCAAGUUGUCUUUAGAUAUACACACAUUUUGCUGUUUGUUUACUAUGUUUGUUGAUUUUAACUGAAAUAAAGACAGAUUAAUUAUA